GUGGCCAAAGCGCAGUGUGCAUACCGCCGACGAGAGCCCAAGCGGCCAUCCCAACGUCGCUCCACGCCUCCACCGUCUGCCUCUGCACCUGUGGCGCCCCUUGCGUCCUGUUCCAACGCCAUUCCCACAUCCCAUUCCGACGACACCCACAACAACACCCCGCCCCGCGCCUUCCCAAAGCGCCCACGCACCGCCCUGUACAUAACGGCUCUCGCCGCCCGCGGGCGCAUGACGAGCUCGCCGCCUGGCGCUCAGAGGAGGAAGGUCUUGGUCGAUAGAUACACACACAACUCUAGCAGGCCAUUGAGCCCGCACCAACGCAAUGACAGAUGUUAUGGCGCCCCCCGUCGAGAUGCUGUCGCAGCGUGCCCCGCUCCGCCCGUCCACCUCGCACACGUCCUUCUUCGACUCCCACCAGGCCCCCUUUGCCCUGCGCCGGAGCAACAGCUUCGGCUCCCAUCUCGACGACCUGCGCUCCUCCCCAUCCCUGCCCUCGUCGCGCUCCUCGUCGGUCCAGUCGACGCCAGCGAGCAGCCUCUCGUUCGGCCAGAACUCCAGCGACGAGUCGGGUAGCAGCGAUGACGAGGGCCUGGCUUUCCCUGCGUACGGCGCGGCAAGCAGGUCCAACAAGGUCGACGCAGCGCCGCCCUCGAACCCCUUUCUUGCCCCUGUCGCGCCCUCGCCUUCAGACGAGCCCGCGUCUACCCCGGACCACGUCCCAGUAUCCGAAGACGACACAAAUCUACGGCCCGAGCCCUCACAGCAUGUCGACUAUCUCUCGUACGAUUGGAAGGAGGAGGACAUUUGGUCAUCAUGGCGCCACAUCGUCGAGCACCGCAGCGUGUAUGGCGAGCGGUCGCGCCUGGAGAACGCGUCGUGGAGGCAUUGGGCCAAAUUGCAGUACAGACUUCGGACCGUCACUCCCGAGUCUCUAAACUGGUUGAAGGAGAGCGACGUGACGUGGCUCUAUGGGCCACUUCAGCCCUCUGAGAAUCGACACAUCAGUCAACACGCCUCGGAACCGGUCAGCCGGUUAUCCAAAACCAACUCGUUUCUUGCUGCCAAGAAGCCCAUUCUGAAGAAGCGAAGUAUGUCGGAAGUAAUGCUGCAAAAGUCAAUCUCGACAUCAUCAUUAGUCAGUCAAGCUGCGGCAGCAGUGGAAGCCCAGCAAAACACGCAUGUCAACUUCGAUGGACGGAGACGACGGCCGUUUGUUGGCCGAGCCACUGCGUCGGAUUAUACCAUGCUGAUUCCGACGCGGACCAUCAGCCGGGACACAACGGAUUAUUUCUCUUCACAGUCCACCUCUGGUCUGUUGACACCCGGCGAUGGAGAGAAAAAGCAUAUUCGGUUCGACGAAAAGGUUGAGCAAUGCAUUGCCGUGGAGUGCAAAGGUGUAGAUGAUGACGAAGACGAUGAGAAUAACCACAAUCCCUGGGCAAAGUAUCGCGACGACGACUCCUCGUCAGACGAAGGAGUUGUAAUGAUGAGGCGGUCAAGACGGAAGCGGCCGUUAUCAAGAACCAGCUCGAAAACGAGCAUAAGUGGAGAGAACAAGACAAUAGCCAAGCUCGAGCCAACAACCCUCAAGUACAGAACAGACUCUCCAGACGUCACAGAACAACAUCCCACACACUCUCUGGGCUUCUUUCGCUCGAGCCGGUUGUCACCAUCACCAUCCCAGGAGACUCUCCGACCCACCCACCCGUCUAGUAAUUUCCUCCUCCCUGAAGACGAUAGCGAAGAUGACUUCACUUUCAACCCUGCAGGAGCCUACGAGGUCCAAAGACCGCAUACUCCGACACCCUCAGAUCCUUACUCAAUAUCCCCAAAUGAACCCCCUUUAGCUGGCUCAUCGAACUCAAGUUCUAGCGGCUUACGACGCACGGCAUCCGGCAUGUUUAUGCCUUUCGAAGAGGAAGACGAGAAUCCACCAGCACCUGGCCUCAUCGGCAAGGUUGUAGACACAGUGAACACAGCGCGGGACAUAGCCCACGUGAUAUGGAACGUGGGGUGGAGGAGCGGACAGUGAUUAUUGUGCAUCAUCAUCAUCAGCUUUGGCGUUACAAGGGCGGCUGUUUCCAUAAGCACUGUUACUGGCUUUCUGGUUGUACUGCGCACAUAGCGUUUUCGUUCGUAUUCGGGCCCGGGUUCUGGUCGGACACGGGCGGGCUGGCAUAUUGUGCUUUUGUUGGAUUGGAUAUUGGGCUCGGUUUGGGCGCUUUCAAUGGGGUUUCCAUACUGGACUGCGUGAGAUACCUGCGUGGUACGUGCUAUGGGGGUGGUGGUGCUACGCAUGAGAAUAGCCAAUCAGCAAAUGUAUCACUUCUGCGGUCGAGGUGC